CUGACGGAGAACCAGAAGUCCUCGCGGAUCCACAGAUGGUAUACCGAGAGCUGUGGUGGGAUCAUGUACAGAGCCAAACAAACAGUAGUGGAUUGCGCUUCCUGCAAACAGUUAAAGACCAGCUCUGAUACCAGAUGGAGAUGGAAUUAAUCUGUGGAGACUGUAACAUGGUGUUUCACUCCACUGCGCUGCUUGAGAAACACAAGGCACUGUUCUGCAUUGGGAGCAAGGUAGGACACCCCAGGGUGCACAGACACAGCUCUGAACUUCUUAUAAGAGACAGACCUGGAUGUGUCGACCCUAAACAGACGAGAACACCUGAUCUCGUUCAGCUGAGAGGUCAACGAAGGAACCUCACCAGGUGGAGGAGUGUUGAUGCCAAACCAAAGUCAGUAAGAGCAGAGGACAAAGCCACAACCAGUCAGAUGGAGAAUGCUGCUCUGCUAGAUCUCACACAUGAGUUUUACAAGCUGAGGAUGUCCGUUGAAGAAAAUUUGCCAAAAUGGUCAAAAAGGAUCACAGAUACUGAGGCGAGUGGGCGUCAGCCAGGUCACGGUGAGAGACUCGAGAAGAUGAGAGAAAUGGCGACGCUUCACGAGCGCCAACUGGCCCUGAUACACACUCACAACCAGCAGCUGGAGCAGCAGAGAGACGAGCUGGCCCAUCAGGUGAGUGUCCUCUCUGAGCAGAACAACUCCACUCACCUGGAGAGUCUGCUGCUGGAGCUCAGAGAGCAGGAGGAGAGAAACGAGGAGACGCUGCAGCAACUCGCUGAACAUCUUCAGGCAUUACAUGUGCAAGAGGUCUUUGCACCCACUGAUCAGCCACAUUCAAGUAAGAAUAAAAAGAUGCAUCAUGAGAGCUACAAGCUUAUUUCUUCCAUGGAUGGUCCCCUAUCUACCAAGAUAAACGCCCUGCAGCAGGCAUACAUGCAGUCAGGUGGGUCAGAUCCAACCAUCGUAGCACAAAUGAUUGACCUGCAGGCAGAAGCCCUAAGUCUGGAGCAAAAACAACCAGCAGCAGCUGGCGAGGCCAAAAAGAAGACGAAGGUGAAGCCUCCUCAGCGGGGUCCAAGCUGGGAGCUGCUGGCUGUGGAGCAGGAGAACCAGAGACUGGAGGAGGAGAUCCGCAGGAUGCAGCUGAUCAGGGAGAGACACAACGACGGACUGAUGUUGCUUUACUUGUUGUGCAAUAUGCUGCUUAUAUGUUGUGCUGCUGACACUGUGUGCUCUGCAGCCGCAGCGAGGACUGAGCUUGAGCUGAUUCAGAGGGAGAACCUGCUGCAGAUUGCCAGUUUACAGGCAGAGAUGGAGAGAAGCAAAAAAGCUCCCAGGCCCAGGAGACAGCCUCCUCCGCCUCCCCCGCCUCCUCUCCCACUCCAAUCCAGGACUCACAUUCAUGCACCGCUUUCCCUGCUACAGGCCAGAUCCUUCUCCUCUCCACCGGAAACAUGCAUGCUGGACUCUGUGGACUCUCUGGCUCCAGCCCCCUACGACCCUGUAGCUGGGUUCGUGAUUUUCUACGACCUUCUGCUGGGGGUCGAUGUUUCUCAGAGGGCGCUGCGUCUGGUGACAGGUCUCUUCUCAGAUGAUCAGGCAGUGGGACCACCAACUCCGCUGCCCCCUUUCCAGUGCCUGCCGGUACUCUCCCUGCCUCACACCCAAAGCCUCACCUCUGGAAACUACUCCCCUCUGUUGGUCAAACAGCCUGUACCAAGGAUCCAGCCGUCACCCUCGCUCUCUCUAGUGGUGGAGGUGCAGGCAGCAAGAGAUCCGGAUGUUCACAACCAGGAGGUCUUUAAACUGGCAUCCUGUGGCUGGAUACAAGUGGAACUCUUUGACCAAUACAACCAGCUCCGUAGUGGCCACUGGAGGGUGCCAGUGCGCAGUCUGCCCAUCAGGCCCUCCUUAAGUCUUGUCCAGCUCAACUCAAUACCCCAGGUGGGCAACAUGGAGCUGUGCCUACGUUUGGUCAAUGGACGGGAUGGAAAUUUUCAAACUCUGGCAAAGUCUGAGCUGACCAGCACCAGUCACUAUAAAUAUCCAGCUGUGGUGUCCUCACAUCCUGCGACUGUCCAUGUAAACACAGCUCAGCCAAUUUCAGCACCACAGCCCAUAGGAGUGAAUGAAGAGUCCGUCUUGUGUGGCAGUGACCAGCAAGAUCCUCCACCCACAGAGGCCAGUCAGGAAGGAUAAUUCCAUGCAGAAAAACAUUUACAAGCAGGAUGUAACCUAUGAACUUUUGUUCAAGUUCAGACGAAAGCUCCUUACUCAACUCAGUAGACAUUUGCUUUUCUUGCAGUUGAAAUACUGUUGAAGCACUUUUAGACAGAGCUUGGAUAAAAUGUGUAGGAGCACAUUGUUGGAAGAGCACAAGGAUGAUUUUAACAAUGUCUAGCACUACAGGAUUGCUUUGAUAGUACAUUUAAUCUGCAGCAAACAAGGACAAUGAGUUAUUGAUGCAGUUUCAGCAAUAUAUACAACUGUCAAAUCACAAGUUCCCAAAGCUUUUGGCAAUUUCAAAUGUUUGUUAUACCAACAGCCCAAAACCUUAAGACUGUUGGAUGGAGAAAGAAAAUGCUUGUGGCAAAACCUUGAAGAUACCCUUUUGUGAUAAGCAGUCAGUUUAAAAUUGUCAGUGUGGUCACCACCAUCAACGCAUGUUUCAUUUCUUCAAAGAAGCAAUCUUGCUUCGUCCGUGUGU